GGUCCCAGCCGGUUCAGGAGGGCAUCCGAAUAGCAGGUGGGCUCAGCCUUUUGUCGCUGCCAGUGGUGUCUGGAGGGGUUUGGGAUCAGCCCACAGGUCCUGGCUCCCCAGGAGAAAGAGUGAUCAAGUGAAGGAGUGAGGGGAGAAAGAGGAGAUUCUUGGAGUUGGAUAUCAUCAUUUCUGAGGACAUCUUUAACUGGACACCAAGAUUUCUGUCUCUAAGAAUUACAUGGCAGAUGCAGAAGAAACAAAAGACAGAAUCCAUGUUACUCACUAUUUCCUGAGCGUAGAAGAAGAUGAUCAAGGUCCAGGAAUUGCUGACACUGGAGGAUGUGGCUGUGGAGUUCAACUGGGAGGAGUGGCAGCUCCUGGGUCCUGCUCAGAAAGACCUAUACCGGGAUGUGAUGUUGGAGAACUUUAACAAUUUGGUGUCACUGGGGUAUCAAGCUACCAAAUCAGAUACACUCUCCAAGUUGGAACAUGGAAAAGAACCAUGCAUAACAGAAAACGAAAUCCAGAAUAGAACCCGUCCAGGAAUUGGGAAAGUUGACAGUCAUCUGCCAGAGCACUCUCAAGACCAAAGAUUUCCAAAGAGCCCGCAACAAUGCAGUGAACAGAAUGCAUUUAGAAAGAGUGUUCAUCUGAGCAAAACACGUUUAGCCCUAAUACAAAAUCAUACGUUUGACUUAUGUAGAAAAGCUUGGAAAUCAAGCUUAAGUUUAGUUAACCAGAAGAGAAGAUAUGAAAUAAAGAACCCUGUGGAGUUUAAUGGAGAUAAGAAAUUCUUUCUACAUGGUGAUUGUGAACAGUUGUAUUCUGGAAUUGAAUUUCCUGAAAGUAUAAAACACAUCAUUGCUAAGUUCCAAGUCCUUAAGCAUCAGAGGACUCACAAAAUAGAGAAAUCCCAGGCCUGCGUUGAAAGUGAGAAAACAUGCAUCAGGAAAUCUCAGCUUAUUUCUCAUGAGAGCAUUCAUAUAGGAGACAAACUCCAUCGGUGUGAUCUGUGUGAGAAAUCCUUCUCCAGAAAUAUCACUUUCACUAAACAUCAGAAAACUCAAACACAAGACAAACCCCAUUUAACUAGUGAAUGCAGAAAAGUCUCUACUGUGAAGAGCAGUCCCACUGUACAUCAGCAAACCCAAACAGGAGAGAAAUCCUACAUAUGCAGUGAGUGUGGAAAAGGCUUCACAGUGAGGCGCUAUCUGAUUGCACAUCAGCGAACUCACAGUGGAGAGAAACCUUAUGUGUGCAGUGAAUGUGGGAAAGGCUUCACCGUGAAGAGCAAUCUCAUUGUGCAUCAGCGCACUCACACAGGGGAGAAACCCUAUGUAUGCAGAGAGUGUGCGAAAGGCUUCACUAUGAAGCGCUAUCUUGUUGUACACCAGCGAACUCAUACUGGAGAGAAACCAUAUUUGUGCAGUGAAUGUGGGAAAGGCUUCACCGUGAAGAGUAAUCUCAUCGUACAUCAGCGAUCUCAUACAGGGGAGAAAUCUUACAUAUGCAGUGAAUGUGGGAAAGGCUUCACUGUGAAACGCACUCUCAUUAUACAUCAGCGAACUCACACGGGAGAGAAAUCUUACCUAUGUAACGAAUGCGGAAAAGGCUUCACCACAAAGCGCACUCUUGUUAUACAUCAGCGAACUCACACGGGAGAGAAACCCUAUGAAUGCAAUGAGUGUGGAAAAGCCUUCAGCCAGAAGAUAUGCCUCAUACAACAUGAGAGGUGUCAUACAGGAAAGACGCCCUUCGUAUGUACUGAGUGUGGAAAAUCCUAUUCCCACAAGUAUGGUCUCAUUACCCAUCAGAGAAUUCACACAGGAGAGAAACCCUAUGAGUGCAAUGAAUGUGGAAAAGCCUUCACCACGAAGUCAGUACUCAAUGUACAUCAAAGAACUCACACAGGAGAAAGACCAUAUGGAUGCAGUGAUUGUGAGAAAGCCUUCUCCCACUUGUCAAACCUUGUUAAACAUAAGAAAAUGCACAUAAGAGAAAUGAGUAGAUUUGGUCAAGUUGGAAAUUCCUUUAACAGGGAGGCACAGCUCAUUACUUAUGAUUGAACAAGAGCCCCAUUAAUGCAGUGACUGGGGAAACGCCUUCUGUGGCAGCUAAGACUUUGUUUAAACACCAGUGUUUCUAGCAGAGCAGAACGUAAUCAUGGUACUGCCUGUUAUCAGAUGUGUGCCCUGAGGAGAUGAAAGGAUUUGCGCAGGAGAUAAACCUGGUGAAUAUAUUGAAUGUGGUAGUGCCUUUGGUGAUCCUUACCUCACAUUUUCUGUCAAUGAAAACAUGUUGGAAAAACUCUGAUACAUUCAUUGUGGAGAUGCCUUGGGCAAAACUUUCUGACUUCAUUAUAUGUCUGAAAAGUAUAUACUCUAUAUUCUCCAACAAAUUCUGUGAAUGCAGAGACUAGGAAAGUCUUCAGUGGGAAGACAGACUUUAUUAUCAGGGAUCUUCAUUGAUCAUCAGUGAGCUCAUUGUUCAUAGAAAUAUGAUUUUUUUUAAAAAAAGGAAAUGUGAUGACCAUGGGAAUGUCUUUCCCCCAGAAAGAAGACCUCAAUGAGUGUCAGAGUUCACACUGGAGAAAAACUUUUAAGAGGAUAGUGUAUGUGGCAGGAUUUCAGUGACACAUUCUGCCUCAUCAUUUGUCAGGAAAUCAUAUAGAAAUUAAAACCUUUAUGAACAUGCUAAAGGUAGAGCAUCUUUAGUUAAAUAUCAGAGGACUUAAAAAGGAAUGAAGUCCUGUGAAAAUGAUAAAUGUUUGAGUGCUUUUUGUUACAACUCUAA